AGUUGCUGUAAGAGGAAAUACCGUCAAUCCUUUUCUGUUCAGCGUUGGGCUGUCCUGUCCUCUUAGUUGUGUUGGGGCCUGCCUUUUUCUUACAGAAUUGACAAGUAAGCAGACUGGAUCACAUGGACUGCUACUUUCUUCAGGUAGCCGAACAGAAAUAUAUCCAUCUGAGGCUCAAGCUGAAAAUGCCUGACAGAUUUUUCUAUGAGGGCUUUCCGAAGGCAUUUGACAUGGCCUGCUGAGAACUCAGCACCAUUAAUUACGCACCAGUAGAGGGCACACACUGACAGCAUAACACCUUUAAAGGUUUGUCAAUGUAUUAUUAUUAUUAUUGCUGCUCCAUUGAGUAUUUUUCUUUCCUUUUUUUCCCAGUGAAGUGUUCUUUGUAAUCAAGCAAUUGCUCCCACCAGACUUUUUGUUUCUGAUUAAUUUUUGUGGUAACAUACACCUUAAAGAAAUUAAUACAAUUGCUCUAAUUGUCAAAUAUAAAAUGAUAUUCAUGAUAAUCAUCACUAAACUAAUCUGCUUCUUAGAUUUUAACCUUGAAAAAGGGUUAUGCUGAUUUAAACUUUAAAGCUUUAAACCUUAUGGUAAUUACACACAGGCGUGAAGCCAAACCUCAACAGUCGAGUUAAACGAGGAAGUUGAUCAAAGGAAAAAAAAAACAGAUCUGGUUACUCGUGUUUUUAGAAGAGGUUUGCUUUGCAAAGAGAAAUACAGGAAGCAAAGUUGUGAAAGGUCAAUUUUGCAUGCAAGCGCUGAACGUCGAGGAUUUUAAAAAUGAUGAUUAAACUCGUGGCUUUUUUGUUGCUUUUGGUCCUCCUCAGCAUUUUGUUUUACGGUGGAGUUUUAUACCACAGCAAAAAGGUUUAUCCUAAUGUUGUUGCUGUUCCUCACGGUGUGGUAAAUGAAAACAAAAAAGAAUUUUCCUGGAAGUUUGUGGACACUUUACAGGUGACUGAACUCAGCCAUGAAUCCAAUGUGAUCCCAGACAAUUCAAAUGUGCCUUUGGAGUUGUGCCCUGAAACCCCACCAGAACUUGUGGGUACUCUCCAUGUGGAGUUUAAUUCUAAACGGUCAUUGGAGGAGGUCAAAGAGCAAGUUGGAUCUUCUCUUCAGGCAGGAGGACGUUACAAGCCACCUGACUGUAUCUCCCAACAGAAGGUGGCAAUCAUCGUCCCAUUCCGAAAUCGACAUGAGCACCUAAUGCAUUGGCUUUAUUACAUACAUCCCAUCCUGAUUCGACAGCAGUUGGAGUAUGGUGUGUAUGUCAUCAACCAGGAUGGGGAAGGAGUGUUCAACCGAGCUAAACUGAUGAAUGUGGGAUACCUAGAAGCAAUGAAGGAAUACGAUUAUGAGUGCUUCGUCUUCUCUGACGUUGACCUGGUGCCCCUCGAUGACCGUAACUUGUACAAAUGCUUUGAGAAUCCAAGACAUUUGGCUGUGGCCAUGGACAAGUUUAACUUCCAUCUACCCUACCAGACCUACUUUGGUGGGGUCUCCUCAAUGUCGAAGCAACAGUUCUUAAAAAUAAAUGGCUGUCCAAACACAUACUGGGGCUGGGGCGGUGAGGACGAUGACAUUUACAGGCGAAUCAUCUACCGUGGAAUGUCUAUUUCUAGACCAGAUGGAAUGACUGGGAAGUACAAGAUGGUCAGACAUGAAAGAGACAAACAUAACGAGCCGAAUCCAAAAAAUCCUGACAAACUUCAUAAAACUAAGGAGACAAUGGAUAAAGAUGGGUUAAAUUCCCUCAAUUACACAGUGAAGGAGAUCGUAAAGGAUAUAUUGUUUACUUUUAUUACUGUGGAUAUUCAAGCUCCUGAGAGUUGAUGGAAAACACAGAUCACAGACUGACUGUAGUUUCAGGUUUAUUGGGAGAUCUGUAAUACUCAAAUAUUUGUGAAGCUGUUGUGUUUGAUGCAAUUUAAAUAGCCUUGAUUGGCUGGUUGUUUAGAUGAAGGUGUAUGUUGUAUGGAAAUGUUUUCUGUAUGCAUGAACAUGUCCCAGUUAGCUAUUAAGUUAGUGUCUAUAAACUUUGUGACUAUGAUUGUGAAAAUUUUAAUUGCCGUCAGAUUAAGCUGUUUUUUUUUUUUAUUCAUAAAAAAGAGUUAGGACAGUUUGUGGCUGUCUGACAACUGACAACUGGUUUCUGUAAUGAUUCAUUUCUAUGCGAUUUAUGAAACUGGUAAACUUUUCAAACCAAAGAUGGUCAGUACAGAAAUGAGCCCCUGUCAUUGAGAAGAAUUUUGUUGUUUUUCUUUGUUACAUUCCUUAUUCUGAAUGUAUAGGUUUUGAUUUAUACUGCAAAUAUAAAUUAAUAUUUAAUAACUUUUCCUUUUUGUAGUUUGGCAUCAGUUACAGUUAUGUAUUCUGAUCAGAUGACUUGAAUUAGAAAUGUAUAUUACCUGUUAAAGGUAGCAUAACAACAAGAACAGUCUGUAUCUCAAAUAACAUAAGCCAUUGUAUCACUUGGUCAUUAUUAUCAGUGUUGGGUGUUACUUCAAAAACUUAAUUAGUUAUAGUUGCUAGUUACUUCUCCCAAAAAGUAAUUGAGUUAGUAACUGAGUUAUAAAAGUAACUAGUUAACAGGGAAAGCAUCUAUCGCGUUACUUUUUUUAAGUUUAAAUAUGUCUACAAGUUUAGAUUUUUUUCUAAGGUUUCACAAGCCAGUUGCAUAAAGUGGAAUUACAUAGACAAGUAGCCUACUUACACCAAACUUUUAAUAUUUAAUAUUUACCUGUAUGUUCUUGCCUUUUACCACAUGGAGAAUAAAGUAGUGUCUGUAAUUCCACUUGCCUGAGCAGCACUGCCAUGUGCAUUUGUGGUUUAUGUGUAAACUGAACACUGCCUCUGACUGGCUUAAAAUGAAAGCUCGCUCUACCUUAGCCAAUCAUCAUCACUUAUGCAAUUGUCUCGCCCCUUGCUCCUCCAUACACCAAAGAAAAAAAAGCUUAGCUCCUCUGGCUGUGAGCCACAACAGAUGACAGAAGCUUGAAUAAGUAGCUUUAGUUUAUAAUGUGCCCAAUUUAAAUGUCAGUAACACUAACAGUGUUGUAACGCUGAAAAAAGUAAUUCGUUUGAUUACUCGUUACUGAAAAAAGUAAUGCCGUUUAUUUUAACCCCGUUAUUCCCAUCACUGAUUAAUAUAUAAUCUUAUAGGAUUAUUUUGGAUCUCUUGAAGUGAGGGUCUGUGAAGAUUUUGGUAUCAAUAUCUAUUUGUAGCUUGUCGAAAAAUAAAUAAAUCCUCAAAGGUGGUCAA